CAUAAGGGAGAUUUGCUUCAUUUCUGCAGUUUAUGAAUUUGAAAUUAAAGCUCAACAUAUCUCUUCAUCAGAGAAUCGUUUAGCUGACCAUUUAUCAAGAUUUGAACAGGGGGAAUUUCAUCGUAAUGAGUUCUUUAGUUUAACAAAGAAUUAUAGGUUAAAAGAAUUUUCAGUUAAAAGUACUGAUUUUGAUAUCUUAAAUCCAUGGUGAUUUUACAUUAAAUUAGUGGUUUAAUUGUUUUUUAAAUUUCAGAGGUUCAGUUUAUGGGGUUGAAGCAUGAUCUUAUGUUAUCUAACAAACAAGCUUAUGCUGAAGGUACAUGGAAAAAUUUGAAGAUUCAAUGGGAGGCAUUUCUGCUUUUCUGUACCUAUUUUCAUUUGGUUUCUCUGCCAGUUUCUACUGAAACACUUCAAUUAUAUGCUCAGUUUCUGAGUAGAUCCAUGAAAUCAGUUGAUUCAAUUAGAAAUUACAUCAGUGGUGUUAAAACAAUGCAUUUGUUACUAGGUGCUUCAGUGGAACAUAUUAAUAAUUUUCUACUAAAUUUAUCUCUUAAAGGGAUAAGUAAACAAAAACUGUAUUUGCAUAAACAGGCGACUCCUAUUACUCCAGAAAUUCUGCUGAGUAUUUUUAAAUGUUUAGAUUUUACUCAAGUUGAUAAUGUUGUUUUUUGGUGUUUGUUUUUAUUUGCCUUCUUUUUAUUGGCUAGAAAAUCAAACUUGGUACCAACAAAUUUAAGAGAUUUGCAGAAUCCAAAGUUUUUGUUGAGAAAAGAUAUUGUCAAUUUAGGCACUUAUUUGUUGGUUAAGAUGAAAUGGUCAAAAACUAUACAAGCAGGAGAACGGAUUUUAGAGGUUCCUUUACACAGUAUAGAUCAUUCUUGUUUAUGUCCUGUAUCUGCUUACAAUAAUAUGAUUAAGGUAGUUCCUGGCAAGGCUAAUGAUCCUUUGUUUUCGCUAGGCUCUAAUAAACCAGUUACAUAUGCAAUCUUUAUGAGAAAAUUGAAAUCUUGUAUUGACAAUAUUGGUUUAAAUUCUGAGGACUUCUCUACUCAUUCUUUUCGUAGAGGUUUUGCUACUUAUGCCUUUAGGCUUAAUUUACCUGCAGAUCUUAUUCAAUUAAUGGGUGACUGGAAGUCGGAUGCCUAUAAAAAGUAUAUAGAGUAUUCUUUUCAAGAUAAAUUAAGAGUAUCAAAAUUCAUUAGUAAUAAAUUAAAAUAUGAUUAGAUAUAAUAUUUAAGGUCUUUCAAUUAGUAGGCAGAUUUUCAAUUACAAUUAU